GAGGCGGGAAAACCGCGCAAGCCGCGCCCACUGCCCUGCCCCCAGCCCCGCCACUCCCCGGCUGCUCCGGACUCCUUCUGCUCCUGCCACGUCCUUCGGGGAGCAUCUAGGAGGGCACCCGUCGCGCAGACACCAUGGAGGUGGUGCUCAUCUUCCUGUGUGGCCUGCUGGCCCCACAUCUGGUUCUGGCCAGUGCAGCUGAGAAGGAGAAGGAGAAGGACCCUUUCCACUACGACUACCAGACCCUGAGGAUUGGGGGAUUGGUGUUCGCUGUCGUCCUUUUCUCUGUGGGGAUCCUGCUUAUCCUAAGUCGCAGGUGCAAGUGUGGUUUCAGUCAGAAGCCCAGCCACCGAGCCCCAGAAGGCAGAGAACUGAGGUGCAGUCACCAGAGGCCGGGUGGCAGCUCCAAGGAUGGCGUGGACCCAUUCUACUACGAUUAUGAGACCGUCCGGAAGGGGGGUCUGAUCUUCGCUGGCCUGGCCUUCGUCGUGGGGCUCAUUAUCAUCCUCAGCAAAAGAUUCCGCUGUGGGGGGAAUAAGAAACGCAGACAAGUUGGUGAAGAUGAACUGUGACCAAGAGUCAGCCCUGGAUGCCCAAUGGAAGCGGAGGAUCUCCAAGUUGUCCCGGGGCUGGGGAUCCCUUGUCCUGUCACUGCCAGCACCUGGG